UGCUGCUCAGUCGUGGCCGGUGGGCGCUGGCCCCGCGUGCUGUGACCAGGGCGGAGCGUGUGCCACUCGCCAUGUCCCGCGGCUCCAGCGCCGGCUUCGACCGGCACAUCACCAUCUUCUCCCCCGAGGGCCGUCUCUACCAAGUCGAAUAUGCUUUUAAGGCUAUAAACCAGGGUGGCCUUACAUCAGUUGCUGUUCGUGGGAAGGAUUCUGCAGUAAUUGUAACUCAGAAGAAAGUCCCUGACAAACUGUUGGAUUCUAGCACAGUGACCCAUUUAUUCAGAAUUACUGAAAAUAUUGGAUGCGUUAUGACAGGAAUGACAGCUGAUAGCAGGUCCCAGGUGCAAAGAGCCCGCUAUGAGGCUGCUAACUGGAAAUACAAGUAUGGUUACGAUAUUCCAGUGGACAUGCUGUGUAAAAGGAUUGCAGAUAUUUCUCAGGUCUACACACAGAAUGCUGAAAUGAGACCUCUUGGAUGCUGUAUGAUUUUGAUAGGUGUUGAUGAAGAGCAUGGUCCUCAGGUAUACAAGUGUGAUCCUGCAGGUUACUACUGUGGGUUCAAGGCCACAGCUGCAGGAGUCAAACAAACAGAGUCAACCAGCUUUCUUGAAAAGAAAGUAAAGAAGAAAUUUGACUGGACUUAUGAGCAGACAGUGGAGACAGCAAUAACCUGCCUGUCUACUGUUCUGUCCAUUGAUUUCAAACCUUCAGAAAUAGAAGUUGGUGUUGUUACGGUUGAAAACCCCAAAUUCAGGAUCCUCACAGAAGCAGAGAUUGAUACACACCUCGUAGCUCUAGCAGAGAGAGACUAACUAGGUCCCCAGCCCUAGUGACUGCUUCAGGCCAAGCUCUUUGGUAAAAAUAAUACACUUGUUAACGGCUCUAGAUCGUGGGUUGAAAACGGCAUGCUUGCUAUCCAGUGUAUUUCACUCUGUACAAAUAAAACAGAGGUUUUU